UUUAGCGUUGACAUUCGGGAGAAGAUUGCAACGAUGCCGGCCGUUGGUAUUUUGAUAAUAUUGGGCGAAGGAACCCCAGAAAUUACGGGCGAAAAUUUCCAGACAACCAUCCUUAAUGGUUUGUUGACCAUUCCGAACUAUGACUCCCUCGGCGUCAAUGGUUUCUUGUCUGAUAUUGUGGAUCCGAAAGUGGAUGAGGAACAAGACUCCGCCGUUCUCAUGUUCAAUGCUCCCGAGGCCCACAUAACUGUCCUCCAGCGUCCCUCGGUUAGUCUGCUCUUGAAGCACAUCGAGGCACACUUUGGUUCACUGCCUCUUCAACUUUGCCUGGUCUACUCAGGUCUAAUCUGCGAAUCCACUGGGUACUGGCUUCUAAGGGACGGUAUUUUCAAGCCAAGUCUGUUGUCGGACGGAAUUCGCUCCCUUUCAGAAAAGAUGGUGCAAACACUGGCUGAUGGCACGAAGGAAGCUCCACCAAUCGGUCUGCACAUUGCCUGCACCAGUGUACCCUCGGGGGGUGAAUGGAGAAGCCAACUCAUGGCACCGAAUCACCUGCCUCCCCUUGCAGGUCGCCCCCUCUCGGUCUCGGUGAACCGAACUCAGCCUCCCGUAAAGGCACCUGCGGGGACUGCCAAGGCACCGCCCAAGCCCUCUGGCGACUCUACCGCAUCUCCUACAGAUAGUUCAGGUGCUCAGAGCUUUUGCCAACGUCUGAUGACUCAGCUUCCCCAGCCCCUCUUUGCCCCAGUUGAUCUGGCGCCACACGCUGUGGGCGCAUCAUCCAUUCGGAUAAGUCAUCCCUGUCUCUACGUCUUCCCUGAGGGUUCAGGACAGUCUUCGAUUUUUGCGAUACCCGGUUUCUCUCUAAUGGUCAACUCCGGAUACUCUCACAACCCCAAGUGCUGGAAGAUGGCACAGCACCUAGACAAUGUUGAUGCCGUUCUGCAGACGCACUGGGGCGUUGACAAUCUCCUCGGUCUCACUUCUACUCUGCCACUGAUGCUACAAGCUUCCGAGGCGAUGCCCAAAGUCACCUGCCUUCUCUCUCCACCACCGUACUUUGGCACUCAUGUCACAGCUGGCGCUGGUCAAGGUGGAGAUCCUAUGGCCCUUAGUGUGGUCGGCAGCUUGUCACAGCUGAACGAACAGGUCAAGCCCUCGCUGGCUCAGGGUCGGCUCUUGCCUCUUGACGUGUCACGCGGGGCCAAGUUGGCUGCCAUGCCCAAAGUAGUGUCUUUGUACUACAAGGUGGGUGGAUCAUGGUCUUAG